AUUGCGUGACGCGCACGUCACGUCGAGCGUGCUCACAAGUCGUACGGCGGCUCCACUUGGACAAAAUAGGACAACGUCUCGUGGUUUUCUACGCGACUAAAGCAAGAUGGCGACCGAGACGGACCAAAGUUGUCGGGCUGAGCAAUGGCUGACAUUAUUAUUAUUGACUUUACGCAUGACACCAUCAAUCUUCACCUCCCCAGAGUACGAGGAGGAACUUUGGGCAAGGAAAGAGGAGAAGGUGCCACAAGAUGGAUUCCUGGACGCUGUUCGCAGGCAGCCUGCAGAUGGCAUACACACAGGAGACGUCAGCGAAGAUCUUCCUUCGGAGCAGCAGGAGCCAGAGCCCAGUCACAUUAAAAAAGAGGAGCCGGAUCCCACUUACAUUAACGAGAUCGAGGAGUCAAAGCCCCCUGACAUGAAAGAGGAAGAGCAGGAAGUUGAUAUCACCAACUUUCCACUAACUGUCAUUGUGAAGAGUGAAGAUGACGACGAUGACGAAGAAGGUGAUGGAGACCAAUGUGGAGGAUCACAAGAAGAUGGCCUCUUAGCGCCAUUAUCAGAUAGCGAUGACGUAAUGUCACAAACGCUUGACACUGAAGACGACGACGACGACGAUGAUGAUGAACACUCAAAAGGUGACAUGACAUGUCACACUGACAACAAACGCGUGAAAUGUUCUCAGUGUGACAAAACGUUUUACAACAACUCAAAUUUGAAAAGACACAUACGAACACACACUGGAGAAAAACCUUUUGUCUGCUCAGUUUGUGGCAAAGGAUUCUCGAUUAAGACAAACUUAACAAGGCACAAAAGAAGGCACAAUGGUGAGAAACCUUUUGCCUGCUUAGUUUGUGGUAAAAGAUUCUCUACAAAGGAAGAUUUAAAAAUACACACAAGAAUACACACUGGGGUGAAACCUUUUGCUUGCUCAGUGUGCGGUCAGAGAUUCUCGAGAACUACGAUUUUAACAACACACACAAGAACACACACUGGGGAGAAACCUUUUGCCUGCUCUGUUUGUGGUCUUAGCUUCACUCAAAAGACAAAUUUAACAAGGCACACAAGAACACACACUGGUGAGAAACCCUUUGCUUGCUCAGUUUGUGGGAAAACAUUCAACAGAAAGACAAAUUUAGCAACACACGCAAGUACUCAUGGUUUAGAGUAAUGAUUCAGCGUGAGGUUAAGAGAGGUUAAGUGUGCAGGUAAGGAGAGCAGCAAUCAAUGAAGUCCCUUUAAGUCCCUCACCCAUUAAAAAAUCGAUAAGAAAUCUGCUUGAUAAGCGGUAUCGAUCACGGAACCAAAAUCACACCAAUUCUCAUCUCUAGUCACGCUACAAACAAAAUGACGCAACUGAAGGAGACCAACAGACAACAACCGCAGCACGUUGACAAAAACACUAAUAAUUCCGAACAUUUUUUGGACUUGUGCUGUGGGGUUAUUUUUCUUUUUCGUGAGGCAGCCGUUCGUUUGCUGUCGAUUGGCCAAUCAAAGCGCCCGCAGCUCAGAGAUGGGAUUCAUUCGGUCAUUCUUUAGAGUUCACAUCGUUGCAUCGUUUCGCUUACGUUACUUAAAAUCGGAAAGGGGAGGGUGGGCACCAUCUUGAAAUUGUUGAUCAGAAAUAAAUACUCAUUUGCAUCUGGGGAGCAAUUUAGCCAGUCAUCAUGCUGGGUAUAAAAUUGUUGCAGUAACAUACUCUUAAGUGUUAUUUGAUUUGCACAAUAUAAAAGUUGUUGGAAGUUUUUGUUUUUUUUCUGUAUGUUGCCUUGAUUCUCAUUAUUCUUCGCUGUUGCUGUAUCCUAAUUUGUUGAUUUAUAUUUUCAAAUAAAAUGAUAAAAUACAA